AUGGGUUCGCCCCUGGCCCAGUGUCCCCUCGGUAUCCCCCGACCCCCUACACUGGGUCGGUGGUUCGUGGGCGAGGUCUGCCAGCUGCAGGUUGCCCUCCGAGGCUACCGUGCCCUUUCUCCUCCCCUAGCGUAAGUAGCCUGAGCCCCCUAGGGGUCAAAUCAGGUACCACCGCCUGUAUUGAGUCUAAAGCCCGGGGUGAACCAAGUGUGUGAGGCUGAAAGCGCCAGAGGACCAUCCCCCGUAUAAUCCAGAGGCUUUGUUAACCUCCAUCCCUCCACUCCGACCCCCCUCGUCCUGAGAAUAUGGGUUUUAUUCACUAUACUCAAUGAAGCUGUGACACUACAGGCAUUCAGAUGACUUCAUUUCAGUGAAGUGGUUUGGGUGCCAUGUCCCUACCCUCCCUCCCUCCCUCCCUGUUUUAACCCUGCAGCUGAAAACAUUUCUGUUCCACAUAAUGAUAAUUGCAUGGUUUAAGUGCCUCUAGUGGCUGUUAAACUGUUAGACUAGACACUCACUAGAUGUUGUCCAAAAGAAAUAGCUCAGUAGAGGUCAACAAUUACCAGAUUUUACUAAUUUCAUGAACUAAAGUCAUGAUUUUAUUAAGGACAGGGAGGUGAGUAUUCUGCUUUAUCUCUUUAUUUGUCAGCAGCAAAGAAAGGAUGCUGUACAUAUACAAAGGAAAAAAGUUAACAUGUACCCUAGAGGGUUAACCACAUUAUAACAUCUUAUCCAAUAGGAAUGCUCCUUCUACUAUAAUGUCCCAUCAGCCACUCCUCCUUCUUAAUGAUGCAGACGAACAUCUCCACAAGACCGCAAUGUACGACCAACUAGAUGCGAAGGACAGCGACUCCCGGAUGAUCCAACAAUGGAACUUAUCGGAUAACUUGCAAUCCUCUGAAUGUGUAUUGAACCGAUGUGGACUAGUGUGA